AUGUCCAGGAAGCGCGGGCUCGAUGAUGUCUUUUCGGGCCCCGAGAGCGCUGAUGACAACCUCUCGCAUGACGACGGCCGAGCCACGAAGAAAGCCAAGCUCGACAUAACAGCUGAGUUGCAAGCGGACCAGAGCAGGAUUCACAAACCCAUCACCUACCAUCAUCCGAUUCUCGCCAAGCUUGCACCCAUACUAGCAGGUGGCCUGCCAGCAGACAAGAUACGCGAUGCCAUCAAGUCUGAGCUAGUCCCAGCCUCCAAGCCGAAAGAGAACAACACCAUAAAGCUGGAGUGUAUUCAUUGUAAAGAAGUAGAGAACUAUGAAGUGAAAUCACCACCAACCGGCAAAGCGCCUUGGCACUGCACGCUUUACCUGCAGACUUCAAGUUCAGCUCAGAGAACGACACCCUUGCUGAGGAUAUUGCAAGCAACGGGCAUUGAGGGCGACUCUUGCAACCCUUCACGCUAUGACUGGUCACCCACAGAUGCCAAUUCGAGUGAGCUGGCCGCGCAAACAUCACCGAGUGCGGGGUCAACGACCUCAGACAAGAGAGGCUCAGAGUCAAAGCCAAGCCAAGACACAGAAGUGAGAGCGGGGAAUGGUAGACUAGGCUUUCUCAAAUACGCGCCUCCAAUGCGUUUUGUCGGCGAUUACGCGAAGGCAUGGUCUUUUAUUGCCGGGUCUGCUUUUCAGAAUCACCCUUUGGCGAACAUUUUUUCAACGUUUGCAUCAGACAAGACAGAGGUGGACAUGGAGAUGCUCAAGACAAUGACGCGGCCGCAGAAGCAUCAAGUCUAUGCAUGUUCAAAGUCGAUGAUGAAUGGUAUUGACCGUGCUAUGAAGGACCUUAGCAAUGUGUCCAGAAACGUGGAAACAAACAAGAGAAUUGUGGCCAAUUAUGACUUCGCGUGGAUUGAGAGAUCUCAUCUGAUUCCAGAAGAGGCAGACGAGCACACUCGCACGGCAAACACGGCAGGACUUGUCCUGCAGAGCACGCCUCACAACGACUGGGCGACCAAGCUGCGUGUUGCAAAAGUGGGGCCCAUCCCAGGAGUAGAAGGUACUGGGAAUUUCCGUGCAUGGUGGACAUUCACAUUCAGCGGAAGAAAGCUGGAAGAUGCCUCAAAGUGGUGGGAUAUGGCCAACUUCCGUGAACUGCUGAAAGUUACCAGUGAGAUCGAUCAGUCAUCAGAGUCGGGCGCCGUGUACUUCAAAGGAGAUACCAUGAAGGGAGGCUAUAUCAGAGUCGUCUCUGAAGUCGUCUCUUACGGCGUAGCCAUGGCUCCCGCCGAGGGCACAAUGAUGCCAGAGAGUAAGGUCUUCUUGAAAGCGUGCGAGAUGAGGCUUGAUAGGCAGCGCCACCAACAGUACGAGCAAGACGUCAUUGCCAGUGGCACAUCGCUUCAAGACUUCAAAUCUAUGGUUGAGAACCAGCAGGCAGCCACCCAAUCUGGCAAGGCCCCUGUGGCCAGUCCUCAAGCGCCUCCCUCCUCGCAGCUACAACUUGAGCCCGUCUCCGAGCCCGAAGCCUCUACCACACUAUCAGAAGCUCCUACUGAACGCGGAGAAGACCAAGAUGCACUAUCCUUAGUCGAUCCGAAUUCAGCGGCCGCUUUGGCUGAGGCUCAAGGCCAGCACCUCGCAACUCCUGAGACUCACCAAGAUCGACGACAGCGGCUCUCCGAGCCACCAUCAUGGCGGACCGGACAGUUGCAAGAGUCUCCACCUGAUGCACGUUGCGAGGAUCUCUCCAAAGACAGUAUGUCACCGACACCGCCUGCGAGGGGGACUGGGUUUGCCUUGGGACUGCCUGAUCUUCGUUUCUCGAUCGCUCAUGAUAACAAACACGAGGACGAGAAGCAGUCUCGUAAGAAUAUUGAGCCAGGUUCCGACAAGAAGCAAUCUCGAGAGUCAGGUCGCACAAACUUGACCGCUAAGCUUCAAGAGAUGGCGUGGCCAAGGUCGUGA